AAAAAUUCAUUUAUUCAGUUCCUUCUUCAAUUGCCAGUUAGCCAGACGAUUAAAUUAAAAAGGGGGGAAAUGGCGCAAACUGUUAACAGAACGCGUGGAGGAUUUAAUUAAGCAAUAAAAUUGACCAAAGCAGUGGAAAAUAAUUAAUUGUAGAUAAAUUGGAAGUGUUUUAAAAGUGCUCCGCUCGAGAGGGGGAGUUCACAAGCAACAAUAAAGUGAAAGGAAGUGCGGUAAAGAAACGAGAAAAGCAUCGAUUGAAAUGGACAGACGAAAAAAAGUAUGAAUGAAAAAUCGAAUGUGUUAAGUUAGCAGAAUUAGUGAACGGAUGAUGAUCAUGAUGAUGCUAAUGAGAAAAGUGUAUAAGCAAAAGAUGGAUAAGAUCAAAGUAAAAAUUGAAUAAUAUAGGAAAAAAUUAAAUGUGCAGAGUGUAAGCCAGAAAGAAUGAAAUAGUAUUGAACUGGAUAAUGGUAUGCAAUGGAAGAGCAGAAAAGGCGAAAAGUGCAAAACGUAUAUGAGAAGAAUACAAAAGUUGAAAAAAAUCAGCAGUCUGAAAAAACAAUAAUAAUAAAAACAACCAACAGCAGUAGAAGCACCAGUUAAAACUAAAAGUAAAAAUUCAAUCAAUUAUGUGAAAUAACAGCAAACAACAACCGCCAUGAAGUCGACGGACGGACUACGGAUACGUUGACUGAGAGCACACUGUGCGACAGACGGUGCGACUGGACGCGACAAGAGUAAAGUUGAUAGCGGCAGUCUUCCGAAGUACAUACAAAAAUUGUUGAAGAAGGCUGAAAAUAGAAUUUUGAAUGAGAGAAUAGGUGAAAUGAGGGAGGAGAAGAAAUUUAUUUGAAAAGUGCCAGAAGAAGCAGAUAAAGUGGAAACAGCGACAAAGCAAUCAACCAAGCUGUUUUUUCUAUUAAUUUUUACACCAAGUUUAUUGUGCACAUAUGAUUGUGUAUGUACACGUGUGGGAAAAAUGAAAAAAAAAGUCAUAGAAAUAGGAAAACCACAAAAAGCUAGUUGACGGGCGAACGUAUGUACAUACCUAUAUGAAAUAAAUAGACGAAAGGUACUAUAUUGACAACAACGACGGAUGAGGAGUGGAAUGUGCAUGUGCGAUUUGUUAUACAAUAAAUGACGAAAAGAGAUUGAGAGCGGAGUGCGUUAAUAAGAAAUGGCUGUUGUGUGUAUACAAAGUGCGAUAGAGCGUUUUCAUACGUACUAUAUUUAAUUUAGUUUACCAUAAAAGAAGAUUAUGAAGAUGAAGUAAGAGGUUCGCUGUGCAAGUUAAAAGCAAUUGUAAAAUAGGGGCAAACAUAAAGCCGAAUAACAUGUAUGAGUAAAAAACCAAAGUUAAUUCAAAGUUGUAAAUGAAACGCGAAUUCAAGGCGUUUUCUUUGCCUUCGCGAGGCAAUUUAUGAGUACGUGCGCGAAUGCGAUGUAAUGGAGGAGGGCAUUGAUAAAGUAUAAAUGAAAGAUAAAUGCACGAAAAAAACAAGAAAUAGAAAUAAAACAUACGAAUGUGCACAAUAAAGUAAAGAGUUAAAUUUGACUGUUAAGCAUAUUGUAGAAAAAGAUCAUUGUGUUAACUAAUAAAAAUGGCACCACGAGUUCAGCUGUGUAUUAAAUUUAACUUAAAAUGAAUUCGUUCAGUAAAUGCCAACGGGAUAUCUUGGUACGAAAAACUUACGGUUUCAUGCAAACGCAAAACUAUAUAUGAAAUGGAACAGGAAGUAAAUUAUAUGUAUAUGUAUGUCUUCCCUAAAAACAAUAAAACAACCAAAGCUAAAAGCCACGCAAUAGUGUAUUACUGACACUGACACGCGCAUUGCACACGAGACAGCUUGUUUAUAGCAACAACGAAUAAAUAUUUAACAUUGAAACGAAUAAUUCUUGCUAUUUUUAUUGCAAAUUAAACAUUUAUAAUUAGAGUGAAAGCGUGUGAAAUUGUGUAAACGCCGGUACUGAGCUAAAAAAAUACGAACGUGUAAAGUGGGAAAAACGCUAACGCGGUCGUCAAACUGGAAGUUUAAACUAAACAAGCAAGGUGCUUCGAACACUUUCCGUGCUCGGCUCGCGUAUUUCGCCGUUAUGUUGUACCGUCUUUGUGCACUCGUUUACAUACAAAAGUUCCCUUAAUUGAUCAUGCUGCAGUUUUCGAAUUUAUUUUUAGACUACUUUGCAAUUACUCGUACUUCUCGUUGAAAAAAAACCAAACAAAAAUAAAAACUAUAGAGAACAAACAAUUAAUAAAAUAACGUAAAAUAAAACAGUUCGUUAAAAUCUGAUACUCGUAAUUCGUUCAUUGCGCGCAAAAAAAAUUGUAACGCACGUACAUACGCAACCAAAAACACAUAUAAAUUUAUUGUGAAAUGAACACUAAUAUAAAAUAAUAAUAACAAUUUGUUCGCGUAAAAAUUAUUUAAUUUUUAUGCUAAAAGAAAGAUCGCAGAACUCUUUUUUCAAAACAAAAAAGAUUAAAAAAAAAAAAAAAUACUCGCUCAUGCGCAUGCGCUCCUCCAUAUUCCACCAAAAUCAUCAUUUUCGAAAAUCGGUUUAUUUAAACAAUGCGUAUCAUAUAAAAAACCAGACAACUGACCAACAAUUGACUAACAGAUAACUGCAUAGGUGUAAAGAAAACAAAGCAAAUGGUAGAAAGUGAAUUAAAUAUGUUCGAGCGCAAGAAACUGCCACAAUCGUUGUCACAAGCUUUGAUGGAUGUUUCGCAGAUUUCGAUCUCUGCCUAAAAAAUGAAUAGUAGUCAUGAAUGAAUAUAUGAAUGAAAUAUGAAUCAGUACCAGCUAACUGAUCGUUACAUGCUCUAAUUUUAGCAUUUCUGCUACAGAAUGCCAAGCCACUAUUUAUGUAUGCCUUCUGUGUACUUUCAAGACAAAUCUUUCAAAUAAUAAGCAUAACAUUGUAAUAUCUCUGUGCUCUCUGUGUUUCAUUCCCAAAAUAAAGAAUUAUUACAAUUGCAUAGGCAACCAUACAUAAAGAACACAAGCGAAGCAGAUUCUCAGUAUCACCACCAAUCACUCGUUUCCAUAAAUUAUUAAAUGACACCCACACACAUACCUACAUAAUUGAGUUGAACAUAAGACACCUAAAUGAAAAAAAUUUAAUAAAAAUAAAAAUAUAUAUAUCGAAGUAAAAGAAAUAAAAUAUUAGGUUUAAAAAGUGUAAUAAGUAAAAAGUUGGAAAAAGUACAAAUUACAACAAUAAGUUCAUCAAAAAUCAGCACAACACCCACGAAAAACAAGCAGCGCGCAGUAAAAGCAACAGUAACCGCAGCCCACAGUACGAAAGUGGCAGAAAAGCAUUUUGACAUUGAGAGAGAAAGAGAGUGAGAGGAAGGAAAAGAGAGCGACAUAGAGAGAAAGAUCGCGCGCCAUUUCCACCAAACGCACAAAAGCGCUAAGCGUCGGCAUACAAUCAAUCUACCUAACAUCACUUCGUCUGGCUCGGAGCAAAUUCUCCAAUAAAAUCCAUGCGCAUCCUGAAAAUUGAAUCCUCUGCGCGCUGUUAGGUGGUGAAUCCGUGAAACAGCUUAAAAGCCUUGUGCGUUACUCGAAGCCAAAGUGCAUACACCGAGCGAUUGGUUUUGCGCUGACACUUUGGUAACUCUUAUAACGUUACGUAACACGAAUCGCCGGCAACGCCAUUGUGUCGUUGGUGGUGUUGGUGGCGGUGUGUCGUCGGUAUUGUUGUUGGUGGUGUUGGGUGUCGGUCGUCGUAGCCGGUGCAGUUGUCGGAAAGUCGAAAAAUUAUCGUCAUAGCUGAGUGGAGUAAAGUUUCAGGCACCGUCGACUGACACGCGCCAACCGCUGUACCAACGCACCCGUACGCCCAACCACCCAACCACCCGCCCGUCCGCUCGCCUACACGCUCGCACCACUCACUCUCCGCACGCAUCGCAACGCUGCAUCAUUACACACAUCGUAGUCCUUAAAGCGAAACAACAAAGAACAACAUCAAAAAAGCAAAAGCAAAAACAAAAAUUUAUUAAAUCAUAGCAACCACUGCCAAUUGGCUGCCUGCUGCUUGUUUGACUGAUUUACUGACUGGCUGAUUGGCCGGCUCGCUUGCUGAGCAUAUGUAAAAUAGAACGGCGGUCGCCAUUAUCAACGUCAACAUUGCAGCGCCAAAUAGACACACAAUAUGGCAACACCACAAGUCAAAGAUUUGGUGUUGCGUUCUCCUGCUGGCUCCUCUGAAGUGGUCACUUUCGCGUGGCCCCUACAAGUUGGCAGCGGUCAGGACAAACACGACAAUGGCAUCGAUAUUAUCGACACGAUCAAGUUCGUGUGCGAAGAAUUGCCGAGCAUCUCAUCCGCAUUCGAAGAGAUUAAUCUCCAUCAAAUUGACACUGCCUGCUACAAGACUAUGACAAAUCUUGUCGAUCGAUUCAACAAGGCUGUAGACAGUAUUGUUGCAUUGGAAAAAGGAACUUCACUGCCCGCUGAGCGUCUGAAUAAAUUCGCUCAUCCCAGCUUACUCAGACAUAUACUGCAAUUAGUCUAUAAUGCUGCCGUACUCGAUCCGGAUAAACUCAACAAUUACGAACCCUUCUCGCCCGAGGUCUAUGGUGAAACAUCAUACGAACUCGUCCAACAGAUGAUCAAACAUGUGAAUGUCACAAACGAUGAUACAUUCAUUGAUUUGGGUUCCGGCGUCGGUCAAGUCGUAUUACAAAUGGCUGGCUCGUUUCCGCUUAAGGCAUGCGUGGGCAUCGAAAAGGCGGAUACGCCGGCCCGUUAUGCCGAACGUAUGGAUAUGUAUUUUCGGCAAUUUAUGGCUUGGUUCGGGAAACGUUAUUGCGAUUAUAAAUUAAUUAAAGGCGAUUUUUUAGUCGAUGAACAUCGUGAGAAAAUUACUUCAUCUUCGUUGGUUUUCGUAAAUAACUUUGCAUUCGGGCCGAAUGUAGAUCAUCAGCUGAAGGAACGUUUCGCAGAUUUGCGUGACGGUGCACGUAUUGUAUCGUCGAAAUCAUUUUGUCCGCUGAAUUUUCGCAUAACUGAUAGAAAUCUCAGCGACAUCGGCACAAUAAUGCAUGUCAGCGAAAUACCACCACUCAAGGGUUCGGUCUCGUGGACUUGCAAACCAGUAUCGUAUUAUUUGCAUACGAUUGAUCGUACGAUAUUGGAGCGUUAUUUUCAACGCUUGAAAACUCAAAAAGGUGCUGAAAAUGAUCAUGUCGGCUCCACACGUACCACACGCGAUCGUGCCAAACGGGAGGCUAAUAAUCACGCACUCAACAAUCACCAUCAUCACCACCACCACAAUAACCAUAACAACAGCAAUAGCAACAACAACGCACACUCAAAUUCCACACACUCGAACUCCUCCGCUGCCAACUCGUCAUCCUCGAACUCCUCCAGCAAUAAUAAUAACACGCAACGUACCAAUUCGCCUGCAGCGCAUGUCAACAACAACCAUCAGUCAACAUCAACGACAACAACGACGACGACGACAACGUCGACAACGACAGCGUCCAAGUCCACUAGAAAUCAGCAGCAACGCGAACAACAGCAAGCACAAUCUCAAGCGCAACGGAACAACAUGGACGUGGAUACGUCUACGGAGAGCGAUGGCGAAGCGGCGAAUGGCAGCACAACUGGCGGCAACGCCAAUGGUCCGACCACACGCAAAAUCUGGUCUGACUGGUGCAGCAGCUCGAAGGGCAAGUCGUCGCAGUCCGAUGAUGAGGAGAACAAUAAUAAUUUUAGUAGCGCUACCACAACGACGGCGCGAAAUGCACGCACUGUCACUCAGAAGAAGCGUAAGAAGCUUACGCGGAAGGCGGCGAUUGCCAGCAAGAGCGCUGCUGCUGCGGCGGCACAGCGUGAAGCAGCUGCUGCUGCACGUGAGGCGGCGGCACAGGCUGCCGCCAUCGCAGCCGCCGCAGCGAAUAGCAAAGAUUCCUCCUCGAAAGAGGAUGGUGGCGCUGGCAGUGGUGGUGGCGGUAUACGCGGUCGCAAGGGUCGUAUGAAGAAGGGGGCACGCGGUCGCAAAUCGUUGAAGAUCGCCGGUCUGGAUGUGCUGCACAAGCAAACGCUGUUGAGCACAUCACACGAGGUGCUAAGCAAGAAAUUGCCAGCCGCACCGGGCUGCGUUGAUCAACAGCUGACUUCGCUGCUGACGCGAAAUAUGUCACACGCAGAAUUGGAAAUACCAGAGGCGCCGCAGGAUACGCCGUAUGCGUUGCAAAUUUUAUUGGACGUCUUCCGCACGCAAUACAUGGCAAUGAUCGAACAGAUGAGGGCAAAAGCGUUCGUACCGAAUAUUAAGCGUCAGAUACAACUGGAGCAGGAGCGCAAACAACGCAUUAAGAAUCGCGCCAGCCAGCUGGACAAGCAGAUUAAAGUGCUAAUCGAUGAUAGCGUGAUGUUGCUGAAGGCGCGCAUGAAUGAGCUGGGAAUCAAUGUGACCUCACCGAAUGAUUUGAUCACUAAGGCGAAAGAGAUCGUGGGUCGACACAAGGAAUUGCAGGGAAUUGCCAAGAAGAUACAAUCACAGGUUACUGCUUGUGAGCUGGAACAGAAACGUCUUUUGAAGAAGCACCUGCAACACCUGCCGGAAUAUCAAAAAACCUGCGGCACUAAUGGGCGAACCAAGCUGGAACUGCCUAGUGGCAGUGGGAAUGAACUGAGCGAAACCGCUGCGCACGAGUUGGUGCUGAAAGAGAUCGCCAACACGUUAGCGCAACGCAAGAAGUUGUAUGCUCAGGUGUCGAGUAUUGAAAAGGAAGCCGCACUUUUAGAAAAAGCCGCCGAAGAGCGCCGCACUGCAGCGGCUUUGCUUGCACAGGGCACCAACAUGACACUGGCAAAUGCAUCGACCGCAGCAAGUGGUGCGCCGGCUAUGCUGCCUGCUACGCUGAUAGCAGCAAACAUGAUUGGCGUGGCACAACCGCUGCAACUGACGACGAUGAUGGCAGCAAAUGCCGCAAGCACUGCUUGCUCUGUAUCGAAUAGCGCGCCUUCUACGCCCAGCAAGUCGGCGGGACAUUCGGCUUCCAAGGGCACGCGCCGCAGUCGCGAUCAUCGUACGCGCUCGCAGGAGUGGCCCGAUGUGCCGGAUGUUGGCAAAAUCGAAGAGAGUAAUCCCGAGGUGCUGGCACAAAAGAUACUGGAGACAGGACGCCAGAUUGAGGCGGGUAAAUUUUCAGCGACUACUGGCACAAGUAGUACGUACAAUAAUGCUGUGGUUGGUGCUGGCGCUGUUGGCGGCAAGCAACUGUUGCCGCCGCAAGCAACACAAAUGCACCACCAUCACCACAACAAUAACAAUUUGGCGCAAUAUCAUGAGGAUGCCGUAACGGCGACUCCAUCUAAGAAAAAGCAGCAUGGGCGUAGCUCCAGCAGUGAGCAUUUACCAUCGGUUUCCAUAUAUGUGGCCGAUAGCAAUUUGAUGCCAGCACCCAUAGCGGCAGGUAAACAGCAGCAGCAGUCCCCUUCCGCAACUGGUAACGGUUUGCGUGGCACUGCUGGCCUUCUGCCAAAAUGUGAGCUGCCCGGCGUAGCGCGAAAAUCCGCAAUGUCUGCUGCAGCGGGCGGCAGCAUACAGGAAUCACCCAAAGUGGCCAACUUCGAGGAUCGUCUUAAGAGCAUCAUCACCUCAGCGCUGAAUGAGGACCAAGAGCAUCGCAAAGCGGCCGCGCAUCAAUUGCCAGCAGCCCACAUGCAUGAUUUGAGUGUGCACGUGUCACCACAGUCGACAGCUGCACAACAGCCAGGUUCACUUCAGUCGUCGCCUGCGCCGAAGCGUAGCAAGCAUUCGGCAUCAGCUGCUGCAGCGGCUGCUAUGAACAACAUGAACCAGCAGCAGCAACAUCCGCAUCAACAAAUGCAAAUACAUCAUCAGCAGCAUCCACACCACAACCAUUUGCCGUCGCUACCACCACAACCAUUGCCACCAAACAAUCUGAGUAACCUCAUCACCGUUGCCACUCAGGGGCCAACACAUUUGAAUGCUACCACGACCAUAUCACCGAUCACCCCACCACCGUCCGCAGGGAAUAGCCAAUAUAGCAGCGGCGGUGUAGGGGCCAGCAAAUAUGGCGGCGGCAAGCAACAGUCUUCCGCUGCAGCAGGCGGCCAGAAAGGCAGCGCUGCAAAAUAUCAGCAACAGCAGCACAAUGUACACCUACAGCAGCAGCAACAACAGCACUUAGCACACUUGCAGCAACAUCAACAGCAGCAACACGCACACUUCGGCCCAUCUGCGACCGCUGGCAACUCAGCAGCCGACUUGGCCUUCCAUCAUCGCCGUCGCAGUUCAGUGAGCGCGGCUAGUUUUGAGCACUAUGCUGCUCAGCAGCAGCAACAACAACAGCAAGUAAUGAUGAUGGCCGCCGCAGCAGCUGCUGCUGGUGGUGCGCCACCUCAACAUCAUUCUGGUGUCAGUCAUCAACAUCUAAUGCCGCAACUCGAAUUCAAAGCGCCCACCGUCACCGCGGAAAAUCUCGUAUUGAAUGCAUCGCAACGUUCAAAUAGCCGCGAACAACUCGUCGAGGAAGUGGUCGUCGCACCACGCUCCAGUUCGGCCAACUCGGAUUCGGCUAUUAUGUAUUACCCACCGACGCGCGAUCGCCUUAUGUCAUUAGAGCGCAGCAAUAGCCGCGAAUCUGCGGUCUCACAACCUCUGCCACCACAUCAGAACAGUUGCGGCAGCGGCGGUAGUCAACAAUCGUUGCUACAACCCAGUCGUCCAAGCUCAAACUCAUCACAACCAGAUUACACACAGGUAUCUCCAGCAAAAAUGGCACUGCGUCGCCAUCUUUCGCAAGAGAAACUCAAUCAGCAAAUGCCGUCUGCUGGUGCAGCUGCUGGUUUGCCACUCUCAACGAAAACCAUUGGUGAUCUGGUGAAUGGUGAAAUUGAGCGCACGCUAGAAAUAUCGCAUCAGAGCAUCAUUAAUGCGGCGGUAAAUAUGAGCACUGUAGGUGCGCCGCCCAGUACAGGUGGUAGCACCGGUGGUGGCACCGCCAACAAUUAUAUGGACCGCGUUACGCACGAACGUUUGCUGAUCAAUCCGAACGCGCAACGUCCCGAACGUGUGCACGUGCGUGUUUUCGAUGAGCAAACACCACUAACACAUGUGCAAGGCAGCGCCACAGACGUCUCGCCGCGCACUAUGGGUAAUAGCAGUGGUCGCAAGUCGCCGCCUCCGACACAAGCCACACACAAUUUAGUUACGCUGGCACAUGUCGCCUAUAAUCAUAAGACAGCGACUGGUAGUGCAGCAGCAACAUCAUCAGCUGGUAGCCGCGCCAACAACAGUAACUACAAUGUUGCGCGUGACAUGCAGAAUCCAUCGCUUUAUCAGCAAAUGACUAUGGGUGGGGUUGGUGGCAAUAAUAGGGAGACGACUGCCCGUCAUGCUGCUAGCGGUAAUGCUACUGGUGCCGGAAGCGGUUUACGUGGUCGCGACUAUCAGCCGGUUAGCUUGCCACGCGCCGAAAUGAAAGGCUGCAUCGAAGCGUAUUUCAACGAGGAGCAACAUCAUCAGCAACAGAUCCAGCACCAUAACCAGCAAUCGCACUCUCAUAAGUCAAGCGCUAAGGAACGUAAUAAUGGAAGAGGAAAUCGUUUGAAUGGUAGCAAUCCGCCGUUGGAAGGUUUGGCUGCUUCGCUGCAGGAUCAUGUCAUGGCUUCACGCAAAUACAAGGAGGAGCACGAGGAACGUCAACGCCGUGCCGCUGCAGUUUCCACAAACAAUAACAAUAGCGAUUUACAUAAUCAACACCAUCAUCAGCAACAGCAGCAGCAGCAACAACAUCACCAUCACCACCACCAACAACAACAACAGCAAUAUGGGCACAGUCAAUCGCAUCAUUACGAAAUGCAAAAGACAUCUGGCCACAAUAAUGCCACGCCCAACAAAGUGGAAAUCGGUGUGAAACGCGCUUCACCUAUGGCAAACAACCAACAGCCACGACCCGCUAAAAUGGCGCACUACAAUGAUAGUGUCGCUGCGCACAACCAGCAGCAACAGCAGCAUCAGCAACACCAACAACAUUUAAGCAACAAUAAUCAUUAUUCGAAUAUGAAUGGAGUUAGCAGCAGCAGCAACAGCGCAUCCUCAUCGGGUGUAAGCGCACCAAUACAGUCACAGCCUACAUCGCUAUCGCCAUCGUGCCGACGUAAUGUAAAAUUGCCACUCGAACCAUUACUAAUGAGUCCUGAAAUCAAUUCGAUAAUGAGCGGUGGUAGUGGCGGUGGCGGUGCUGGUAGUGAUGAACGGCCGUUGCAGUUAUCAGCGACAGCAAUGUCACGUCAGCAACACCACGAGCAGCAGCAGCGCACGGCGACGACGAUGACGCCGAUUGUGGGUGGACGCGCCGGUGAUGAUGAUGAUGUCAUUGCUGACGAUGAAACCCAUUGGCAACAUCGCGUGAGUUCCGGUUUCGAUCGUCUGGUCGCAUUUGCUUCCACUGAAUUAGAUAAGACGCGUCGCUCGAUAGACACCGACAUAGUACCAUCUUCGAUUAGCUGCAAUACAUCGCCGGAUUCUGGUAUAACGCACAGCAGCAGCAAUUCGGAUGCGGCACGCACCUUCCUCUCCACAUCGUCCACAUCCUCCCAAUUGGAUAUGCCCAUUGGCAGUGGCAGCAGCAGUGCUGGCAGCACUAGCAGUUCAAGUGGCGGCAGUGUGAGCAGCGUCAGCGGCGCCAGCGCCAGCUCUGGCGGCAGUGGUGUCAAUAGCUACAUGCAUGGUCAUCUUCAUCACCACCACCACCAUCAUUCUCUGCUGCUGCAUCAACAUAGUGGCGUCGGCGUUGGCGGUGGCAGUGGUAGUGGUAGCAGUCACGCUUCAUCAUCGGAUCAUCUCAGCGAUAGUAGCAUGAAGUCAUCACACUCAGAUGUCUCCUCUAUGCCGCCCAUAACGUUGCUGAAGACGAGCGCCUCAUCGCCAGUCGAUGCGAGCGCCAUUGAAAGUCCACCACUCUCUGAUAUUGGACUACCGCGCACACCUAGCCCGAAUGCGGCAGUGCCGACACCACCUUUGGCCGCGGCUCUGGCUGCCGCACACAGCGUCACCCCUACGCCCACACCCACACCGACGCCGACACCAACACCACCAGCCGCAGGAUCUGGUGGUGCAGUCAACGCUACUGCUGAUCCCUAUGGUAACAAUACACUCAAAAUACCAUUAAAAUAUCAACGCAAAUCGAAAUCCUCAUCGGAGAAACAUUACAAGAAGAAAUUCUGUGAACGCAAUUGGGAGUACGAUUGCGAUGAUUUGUUGAUGCCGUAUGCGAAUAAUAGUAAUGAUGCUACCAAUACGGCGAAUGCGACGGAUGAGCCAACAGUCGCCGACGCGGCAGGCAAGGUAACAAGCUCAAUAUCGAAUAUUCCGACGUCAUUUAACAAAACCAGUGGCGGUGAAUCGAGAAAAUCUGCGACGAGCGUCGAAAAGUCACCCAAAUAUCAGCAGCAGCAACAACAGCAGCAUGCCGUAGAGUCCAACGUUAAAUCCGCUGAUACGCUGAGUCAUAAUCAUAACAACAACAACGCUUCAGCGAAUGCGUCGUCAACAACGCAUAAUCUGUCGAAUCACCACCAUCAUCACAAGUCGUCGAAAUUCCGGCCGAAGGGCAAGGAUUGGGAUUGGUCCAUGGAUAGCAGCAAUAGCAGCAGCGCGUUAAACAUUAGCAACAACAGCAAAGGUGGCGGAGGAAGCGGAGUAGGAGGAGGUAACAGCAAUGGCAAGAAAUGCAAAUCGGACGUUAGUGCUGCGCCGUCAGCGACCACAGCCACGCCCACUACAACCAACGUUAGUUAAGUCGAAAGUGUUGCAUGAGUUUAGUUUCUUUUUUAUAGCAUAUUUACAUUUUUUCUGGCGACACACCUUGAAGUGAGUACCCCGCCUACUACCCUCCUCGCCUAGUAGCCACUUGGCAACAACAAUUGGCAAAACUGUAACGUAAUAUCAACAUUAACUAAUAUUUAUUUGUAAUUUAAGCGAGAAAUGGUUGAAUUGUGUAAUAAUUUCGUUAUAUUUUCGCUAAAAUCUAUCGCGUUAUUUUCAAUUAACUUUAAGUUUAAAAUUUAUCACAGUUACUAUACUAAUUAUUUUAGUUUAGUUGAAAACUUAUUUUAUAAUAUUUUUUUAAUUAUGAAAUUUGAAAAAAAAAAAUAUUUAUUUCGUGACAGAAACUGGAAAGUUGGCCUCAAAGUAGUUGAAAAUUUUUGGAUAAUGUAAAUGUUUCAAAAUUUGUAUUCAAAACCAUUUUUUAUUUUAGAAUUGGCUUGAGCUUUCAAACAGCUAAUUUCCAAUUUUUUAAUGAGACGAAAUGUGUUGAAAGAAUUGUAAGAAGUUAGUGAUCAGCUGUGUCAGAGAGUAGGCUCAUAUAUCACAAAAAACAAAAAGAGAAGAAACUACUAACCUGCAUACAUAAUUACCAUUAGCUAGUUUUGCGUUCAGAAUCCAUCGCGGUCGUGGCACAAUAAAUGUUGGAAAGAGUUACAUUUUCUGUUCGUAGUUAAAAGUGAAUUUUAAUCUCUGUGCAUUCAAAACUGCAAGUGGUAGUGAACUGAAUAAAUUCUGAGGAAACUUGCACUAAUUAUUUACAUUUUACAAAUUUAAUAUCGGUUUUGUUACUACUCGGUAGAACAGCUGGCAAUUUGAUAGUCUUCACUCCCACAGGGUGUUGUCAAGCGCGAGACAAAUGCAAUUUACUCUCAAAAUAACUGUCAAAAGCCUGAGAAGAAUCACUUAAAGUAACUAUCAAAUGCCUGAGAAUUGAAAAAUUGACAAUCAAAUGAAUCGAGAAUCGCUUCUGUAGCUGGACUGUAAAGACGCUGACCUAACAGUAACUCUAUACAUUUUUUUUUUUUCAGUAAAAAGUUGCCGCCAUAGCCAAAUGGCUUGGUGCGUGACUACCAUUCGAAAUACGGAGAGAACGUAGGUUCGAAUCUCGGUGCAACGCCAAAAUAAAGAAAACGUUUUUUCUAAUAGCGGUCGCCCCUUGACAGGCAAUGGCAAACCUCCGAGUGUACUUUCGCCAGGAAAAAGCUCCUGAUACAAAAAUUUCCGUUUGGAGUCAGAUUAGGACUCACGACGCUCACCGCAAAUAGGAGAAGGAGAAGGAGCUCGGCCAAACCCCCAAAAAGGGUGUAAGCGCCAAUUAUAUAUAUAUACAUAUAAGUUGCCAGUAACUGAAUUUCUACUUAUUUCACAGCAUUCGCUCUGGGAGAAUAAAAUAUCCGAAAGAGGACAAAACAAGCUAGGUUUUCAUGACGCACUAUUCAAAGGAGUAAAAAAAUUAAUAGUAGCAAAUUAUGCCUUCCGCUAAGCAUAGCUGCGCGCUUUUAUAUAAAUCAAAUCAGAAUAAAAAUUUACAUUAAAUUAAAAUAACAAUCAAACAAAUAAAAUAACAUAAAAAUCAAUAAAAAAAUAUUAAAAGAUGAAAUAACAGUGUAGCAUACACAUAACAUAACAUAAAGCAACAUAAUGAAGUUAAAUGAAGAAACAAACAAAAAUUACAAAUUUUUCAAAAUUCAGCUUACCUAUGUAAAAUUAUUUUUAUUUAAACUUUUUCACUGCAAAUCUUUCAAUCUUGUUGCAAGUAAAAAUUGAUCCAGUAGAAACUUGCAACUUCACCUCAACAUAAAUAUUAUUUUACUUUCUCAUUUACUCCCUUCCUCCCUUUUCGGGUUAAAAAACAACCCAAGUAAAAAACUAGAGAGUGAAAUAAACAACAAAACAGCUGUCUACAGACAGCUGAUUUUAAUUUAUACCGUAAAAGUUGAAAGCAAUAAAACCAGUCAAGUCAAGUCUCUUCAAUAAAUUGUGCCAGAAGAACUUUCAGGUUUCUCAUAUUUUCCAUUUAAGACAUUUGAAUGAAAGCAAUAAGACAAUCACUGUCCACUGAAACUUGCAAGGACUCAAUAGAAUGACGCAUAAAGCCUUAACCUUUGUGUAGGCUGAGCUGUUCCUCCAAUUUUUUGUAUAUUUCCCCCCCCCCUACAAAAGCAUUAAUUCCUUCACUUUUAGGUUUUGUGCUUGCUGCGAGAACCGAGUUCAGAACUUUUUCUUGGUAUGCUACAGAAAUAUACUCAGGAGGCACUGCUUAUAUAAUAGUUUACAGUAAUGCUAUUUCGUUUGAAUCCUUGACACAAAAUUUCAGAUGUACUUUUUUGAUGAACUUCCUUCUGCCACCUACUGCACUUACUCGUACUGUUAACACCUUUUCAAAGUAUGUUUUAACUACCGAUUGGAGCUUCGCAAUUGCCUGCCAUGAAGUUUUGAAGUUAGGUAUUUUCAGUCCGAAAUAUUGCAGAAAUGUAAGACAUUCGAAUUAUUAGUCGCCAUUCACCAGAGGCACAAUAGGCUUUGUAAUCUAUUAUUAAUAUAUCUACAAUACGCCCUGCUUUUAGCUCCUUAUAAACCCCUCUGCACUGUAUCCAAGCACUGAAAAAGCGUUGUACUGAAUACAUUUUUGACUUAACGUACAUUUGUCCGAAAGGUUAAUGCUUUACUCUACUAUAAAAUUUAAAUCAAUCAAAAUAUUUAGUAAACAUUUUUUUUUAUAUUGAUUAAAAAUAAUAUGUCGUAGGCAUCGAGUGGCGGUGCUGGUGUGGCCCCUAAACGUUCGAAGUGAAGGACAUGAGGUCUCCCGCGCCUGCCACUCCCUUGGAGAUUUAAUCCAGUUCAGCUCUUGUGAUGUCGCUCUGGGGUUUAUGCAGUGUAUGGCCGAUCCACUUCUAUUUGCGACGCCGUAUUUCGAGGAGUAUGGGUAUUUGUUUGGUAAUAGCCCAUAGGUCAGGUCAGUAUCACUUAUGGUUUUAGGUCAGAAUAUCCGCAGGGUUUUGCUUAGGCAACGAUUACGUAGUAACUGCUCUCUUUCGCAGCUGAGAACUCAAACAACACUUCAACUUCUAAAAAAAGUAUUGAAAUGAAAAUAUUCUUCUUUAUUAUUGUUUUAUAUUUUAUUUCAUAAUACAAAUAAUAUAUAUAUUUAAAUAAAUUAAAAAUUUUGUAAAUACCAUGGAAUUGUGCGAAUUUCGUUUGUGCGCGAAUUAUUUCUUUCUCUUUUCUUCAAUGCGGGCUGAAACGGAAUAUAUGAUAGAUAUGUAUGUUUUCCUUUAACUCCUAGUGGAGUCUAGGCUGUCCGACGUUUCGUUAGCAACUUAGAUUCGAAUAAGUAGGUUGCUAGCCCACUUAUCCUAGCUUGGUGUUAGAUGAAAACUACCUACACCUCAAGCAGGUCUUGCUCGUUUUGGUGCGCGAGUGGUAUUUUAUUUCCCCAACUACUCUGCAUACAUAGCUGCCGAGCGUUCCCAUAUCCGACCGAUGGGAGACAGGCAACUUCCCACGGCAAGUUUGUUCAGUUUUGUAUGCAAGUAAAUAAAAAAAUAAAAAUAAUAAAAAUUUUUUUUGUUUAAUUUUAUAAUAUAUAUAUUUUUGUAACUUUAUUAUAUUUUUUUGUUUUUUAAUAAUAUAUUUAAACAUAAAUGUAGUUCAUUUGAUACCUUACUAUGCGCUACAGCUCGUUAGAAAAUCUUUCUCAAGCUUUGCAAAAAUAAGUUCUUUUCUUUCUUUCAAAAAACAAGCAGCAAUUUUUAAUUUCCAAUUUUUCAAUUGGAAUAUGAAAAUUACACAAACGACACGCCGUUUACUUCGUACAUGGUAAGGUAACUGAACGACUUUGUUUUUCAAAUAUUUUAUACUUUUGCUAUAAGCGCAAAUUGGAAAUUUCUGGUAUACAAAAAACAAAAAAAAAAUGAAAA